AUGUGGGGCCCCAUUAAAGACAUUCCCAGGGCGCUUCCUGCGGACCGCAGCCUUGGAGCGGACGGACGCUGUUCCAUCGACGUUCUGGACGGGUCAGAACUUUCUCAACAGCAGUUCCUUGAGAGAUACGCCUACAGCAGACCAGUCAUCCUCAGAGGCCUCACAGACAACACGAAGUUCCAGCUGCUGUGCUCCAGGUCCAGUCUGCUGGAAAACUACGGUUCCCUGAAGGUCCGGCUGAGCACAGCCAACACCCACUCAUACCGGAAAGUGGAUGUUUCCUUCCAGGAGUAUGUGGAGGAGUUGUUGAGGCCUCAGUCUGAAGAAACGCUGGGCAGCGAGACGCUGUAUUUCUUUGGAGACAACAACUUUACCGAGUGGCAGGACCUCUUCGAUCAGUACCACCCUCCACCAUACCUUCUACCGGGUACGACCGGCGCCUACAGCUUCGGGAUCGCAGGUCCAGGAACAGGAGUCCCAUUUCACUGGCAUGGUCCCGGAUACUCUGAGGUCAUCUAUGGAAGGAAGCGCUGGUUCCUCUACCCACCAGAUAAGGAGCCUCACUUCCAUCCGAACCGUACCACCCUGUCCUGGCUGAAGGAGACCUAUCCCUACCUGCCGGAAGAGGAGGCUCCCCUGGAGUGUACCAUCAGGCCCGGAGAGGUUCUGUAUUUUCCGGACCACUGGUGGCACGCCACUCUCAACCUGGAAACCAGUGUCUUCAUCUCAACCUUCCUGGGUUGACCUCAGAAUCCAGAAGAAUCGGUUCUGUCUGCAGGGAGAUGGCGAUUGGGUUUGGGAUGGACUCUACUCUGGACCAAUGUCUCAACGCGUCAGAUCCGUGAAAGACUGAGGUUCUAAUGUGUCGGAACAGCCGCUUCUGUUUGGAGAAGAAGGGUUUGGAUUUUUGGGAGAAACUAAAUUCACCCUUUGACUCGUGCAGAAGUCAGUAGCAUUAGUCAGAGGUUCUCCAGGAUUGCUGAAAGAUGGACCUCCACAGCAUCUCCAAGGCCUGGAUUAUGGGACCUCUUUGGUUAAAGGUCCCAGAUGUGUUUUGCUUUGGGGGAAUAAAACUGUGAUAGAAUUAAUUCAGGUUCUAAAAACCAUAAAUCAAUCAUAAAUCAAUCUAAAGACAUAAAUAUAACACUUCAGAAGGUUCUGGACCUGUCUGAGGUUCUACUGGGACGGCCAUCCCCUGAAGGAGAGUCCAGAACCUCUUUGGGUCCUUCUCAUGAGUGUGAUGAAAAAGAGAAAUGAAUAAAAUCAGCAUUUUCUGAAAUCAAAACUUCAAUCAUUGAAUCCAUCCUCUAAUUAAGCUUUGGGUCGUUAACGGGCUUCGGUAAACAGCUGGGAAUCUUCUAACCGGUAAAUCCUAUAAAUCAGUCUUUCCUCUUUGCAG